GAGGUAUACCGCAUCCGAAUCACGUCCAUGAAUCCGAACCGAUCCCCCUGGUUAGGUGGAAACUGAGAUCGCGACACAAUGACAAGGUCGGAGCACACCCGAGGAGUCAACUGUGCCCACUGGCGGGUUAGCCAACAGAAUACAUAAGACAGAGACAAUGCAUGGCCGCGAUUAGCCCGGAAAAGAUCUGUACCAGAAGAGAUUCCAGAAGCUAGAAGAGAGAGAGAGAGAGCCCCAGAACCACACAAAGGAUCCCUCCAACAUAGCCAGAGAGAGUCAUAAGGACAAGAUACGGUUACUUAGGCUUUCCAAUGAAGCCCCACUUUUGGAUGAUAUUGUCCGGCUUCCUGCUCGCGCUGCUGCAUCCUGUGACCUCGAAUGGAACCCAGGCAGAGGCUCUGCAUGGUGGGCGACAGGAUGGUUUCCCGGCCAGGACCAAUAACAUCACUAUACUUCAUGAGGUGGCAACGGAAACCGAACCACCACUCACCCUAAACACCCAUGAGGUUCUGCCACUGAAACCGCUGAAGAAGAAACCCUACUUGCCUCUGGAGAAGAUCCUGCCCAGCAUCGAGUAUGUGAAGCCACCGCAUCCGCUCAAGGACUACGAACUGCAUCCGGUCACGUUCGAUUUUAAUCUGGGGGACCUGGAGGAUCUGGAGCAUGAGGUGAUCAAGAAGGGUGACCUCACCAGCCAGGAGCAGCAUGUCCUGGCCGGGGAUUCUUCUGCCCCCAUAGAUGAUGACUUUAGACCCUCCUCCGCCGUCAAUCCGGACGAGAAUGAAACGGUGCUGGUGGACAUCGGAGACCUCUCCACAGAGCCCACCACAUCCACCCUGCCGGGGACGACGACUGCCUCCGUUAGCAGCCCAGCCUCCACCUCAACGCCCACCACUCACAUCCUGAAGAUCCUGCGGAGCAACAAGCCCCAAGUGGCUGGCAAAUCUGGCAGGGAUUCGCUGAAGCAAAAGGACGAGGACGACAUGCAGCUGAAGACCCUGGGCAGCACCAUCAACAGCAUCAGUCGGUAUCUGGGGGCCAAUGCCACCGGGAGUGCUGGAAACGGCAGCAUGGCCGAGAGUCUCUAUGGCCAGGCCAACUACUUCCAGAUAGUGGCCAACCUGUAUGACCACUUCUACUGGCAGAUAGCCGAGAUAAGGACGCGGGUGAGGACGAACUGUGGCCUGGAGAUGCAGGCCUAUCUCACGGCCUUGCACUCCAGCCUGGAGUGGGCUCAGAAGGCCUAUGACUCCUCCGGCCGGUAUCGGGGACAGUUGCUCUUUGGGAACGACAAGUGGCUGGGCCAGUUAUCCUUCUGCUACGAACUCAAUCGCCAGGACUCGCAGCUGGAGCGCAAGCACUUUGAUUUGGAAUUCUAUGUGGCCGAUGUGGCCCUCCAUAUGCCCAGACUUAAUAGAUCGAUGCUUUUGAGUCUAGGGGAGUGCCUGCCCAAAUCCUGCUCUGCCCACGAUGUCCAGUCGAUACUCUCCCUGGAUCCCUAUGCCAGAAUGCUGACUGUCCUGGGGGCACACAACACCUCGGUGCAGCAGCCUCCGCUCCAGGUCCUGCACGUGCGCACUGUGCCAGGACUCUACAGUCACUGGCGGCAGCUGAAGUUCCAGGUAUUCAUUAGCUUUAUGCUCACCCUAUUACUUGUGGUCCUGGUGGCCUCCUAUUACCAGCUCAAGAUCGACGAACGCCGCCUGGUGGUGGCUCCCAUUGCUGCCAUCAGCAGCGGGAAGUGCGACCUCGGCACCACGGCCUCCUCCAAGAAUGGCGGCUUCUACGGCAAGCCCUUCGAGCUCUUCCAGAUGCGCCCCCUGGGCAGCACCAAUAGCCUGGCCGACGGCACGCACAGUCCUUGCGAAAUGGAUGUGAAUGGAAAUCGGCACUCCACGGACAUGGCGGAAACGAAUAAUGAUCCGAAUACCACGUCCACAUCGGGUUCCAUAACGGGCAAGUCCGAAAUGACGGACUACCAGGUGGAGACUGGCAGCUGUGCCGGUGCGGCGGGCACCUACGAGGCAGAGCAGCCCAUUGCUCUUCAUCAGCAGAUCCUCCUGUGCUUUGCCUUGCAGACAAAUGCCAAGGCCAUCCUGAACAUAGACAAGACCAAGGAGACCCACACCUCCUGCCUACAUGGCCUGCGUGUUUUUUCUGUUUUGUGGACCAUGAUGGUCCAUACUUAUCUGCAAAUGUUUGCAAUUGGCGAGAAUAAGUUUGAGCGCGUUAUCACGGAGAGAUCGUUCUGGUAUCAGGUGAUCGGCAAUGCCACCUUCUCGGUGGACUCGUUCUUCUUCAUCAGCGGUCUUCUGGUCACCCUGCUCUACCUCAAACAGGAUCGCAAAUGUCCUGGCGAGCCGUGUACGUUUGUGAAGCGCAGCUUCCUGGAGACCCUAAUGAUGUUACUCUACCGAUACUUGCGCCUAACUCCGGUUUAUUUAUUUGUGGUCAUCUUUAAUGACUUUGCAGUGAGACAAGGACUCGAUUCUUCAGUGUUCCAACCAGCCAAAAUCGAGCACAACACCUGCCGCAUCUACUGGUGGCGUAAUAUCCUUUAUAUCAACAACUUCUUCCCCCAGCAGGAGAUGUGUAUGAUGUGGAGCUGGUACAUGGCCAAUGAGAUGCAGUUCUAUAUUAUGGCCGCUUUGCUGUUGGCCUUGGCCAGAAGAUAUUUCAAAGCUGUGGCUCUCACACUGAUGGUCUUUCUGAUCAGCUCUUGGAGCCUUUCGGGCAUUAUUUCCUUGCAACAUCAUUACAACCACAAGGUGGCCUUGCCCUUCGAGUCCUUUGACUUUCUUUAUGACAAGCCCUGGCAGAGAGUGGGCUCUUAUAUAGUGGGCAUGCUGGCCGGCUAUAUCCUCUACAAGGUCAAGACCCCGCCACCGGUUUCCAAACGCCUCAAUCUCUCCCUAUGGACCGGCAGCCUGGCGGUUCUACUCGUUGUGGUCUUUGGCGUUUGGGAAGGACAACUGAGCGAAGUUAGCUCUGCUUUCUAUGUGGGCGUGGCACACACCGCCUUCGGCUGCGGUCUGGUCUGGAUCGUGUUGUCCUGCUGCUGGGGUCUGGCGCCCACAGUGAACGCCAUCCUGUCGUAUCGCGUCCUCUGGCCCCUGUCCCGUCUCACCUACUGCGCCUAUCUGAUCCAUCCAAUCAUCAUGUUCAUCUGCUCCUCGCACAUGAGUGGCACCGUCCACCUGAGCAAUCCCCUCAUCCUGACCCUGUUCCUGGGCAAUGCCGUCGUAUCCUUCGGCUCGGCCUUUGUCAUUUCGGCCCUGUUCGAGGCGCCGGUCAUUCGAAUACUCAAGAUCUGCUUCAAGAAGUGAUCCAAUAAUUCCAGUCUAGUUUUGCUUUUUUUAUUCAAUGUUUUUUUUUUUGUCUAAUUCAUAAUUAUGAAUAUAUUUUAGGAGUAUAAUAAUAUACUGUA